GAGCAGUUUGGGUCCAUGGUCUCAGUUAGCAGCUCCAGGAUGUUCAAGCUGCUUCAGGGUCACAUCCAUCCAACUGGACACCGAAGUUGCAAAACCCGCCUGGUCACCAAAGACGGGCGCUGCAACAUUGAAUAUGGCAACAUUGAAUAUAGUAACCACUUUGCGUACCUGGUGGACUUCUGGACCACGUUUGUGGAGAUCCGCUGGCGCUUUGUUCUUCUCCUGUUUGUGGCUUCAUUCACAGGUAGCUGGUUUAUUUUCAGCCUGCUGUGGUACUGGAUCGCAAAGAGCAACGGGGAUCUGACUGGACAGAACCGUACAGAUGGACAUAUCCAGUGUAUAGACAAUGUUAAUGGUCUCACAACAGCGUUUCUGUACUCCUUAGAGACCCAAACCACCAUUGGGUACGGUGGGAGGGCGCUGACUGGGCACUGUGCUGGCACGGUGGCUCUAAUUAUCAUCCAGUCUCUAAUUGGAGUCUUCAUCAACUGUUUCAUGUGUGGGGUCAUCUUGGCCAAGAUCUCCUUACCCAAAAAAAGGGCAAAGACUGUCACCUUCAGCAACACAGCUGUCAUCUGUUUGAAGAAAGGCAGUCUAUGUCUCCUGAUCAGAGUGGCCAACCUGCGAAAGACCUUACUAAUAGGCAGCCAGAUCUACGGCAAGCUACUUAGGACAACAACCACACCAGAUGGAGAGACCAUCAUUCUGGACCAGGUGGACAUUGACUUUAUGGUUGACGCUGGCAAAGAUAACUUGUUUUUUGUUUGCCCUCUGACGCUCUACCACGUGAUUAACAGAUCGAGCCCAUUCUACGAGCUGUCAUCUGACACUCUCCCGCAGCAGGACUUUGAGUUGGUGGUCUUUUUGGACGGGACAGCCGAGUCCACCAGCUCCUCCUGUCAAGUCCGAACCUCCUACAUCCCACAGGAGAUUCAGUGGGGGUACAGUUUUCUGCCCAUCAUCUCCCGCACAAAGACGGGAAAGUAUCGUGUGGAUUUCUCAAACUUUUCCAAAAGUGUCCGAGUCACAACGCCACACUGCGUCCGCUGCUUCGAGACCAAUGCAGACCAGAGAAACCACAACAGCCACAACCAGCAGAAGACUGGGAUUGACAACCUGGGGUUUCAGGUGAUUGACAUUCAUGAUUUUGUGGACAUCACUAAAAUGUGA